ACCGGUAGUGUUCAUUCGUCAGCACCUGCUGGUCCUUCAGCUUCCCUGAAGACCGGUAGUGUUCACUCGUCGGCACCUGCUGGUCACCUCAGCCAGUUAACUCCUCAAAAUCCCUCGGGCCGUCUUUCAGAACAAGAAGUAAGUCGGCAGAGGGAUCCUGCGGGUGAAGCGGUCACCCCCGACACGUGGUCCGGGGGAGCACCCAGGGAGGUGUUUGGCAUGAAACACGGUCUGUCCCCUACGUUAUCUGCGACAGAACGCCAACCUUGGGGACAUUCACGAUCUGAGAGCUCCUCGGCGAAGAGAAGAAGAAAGUCUGAGAUCUCAGAUUCGUCCCCGACAGGAAGACUAAAGAAGAGAUGCCGUGGGAAACCCGGCGUGUCACAGGAGUGGCUCCUCACGUCGGGGGACCGCCUGCACUUCGGGCCUGGGGCUGCCGCCCAGGCUCCUGGCUGCGGCGUGUCCUCGUACGACGAUUACUUUUCACCUGACAACCUCAAGGAGAGGAGCUCGGACGGUCUUCUCCCCGGGUGUCAGUUGUCAGCGGGCCCUGCUCUCUUCAUCUGCAGAGGCCUCUCUCGGGGGGAGAGAAGGAACAUACUGCAGACGUCUGACUUCUCCUGCAUUGGGAAGAAUCCCAGCCCAGCCCCCACGAGCGAUUUAACGGCACAAAGUCACCGCAGUCUUGAGAAACCCACACGUGACAAAGCAAACGCAGCGUGGGCUUGCCUGGCCGCUGAGGAAGCCGCAGGGAGUCGUCCGCAGGCUGGUGCUCAGAGAGGGGAGGGCACGCGCCCAGAUGGCGCAGACUCUCCGUUCCACGACGCACUGCCUGCUGCGGACAGGCUCAGCGGGAAAGGACCUGACAGGGACUCACGUCCCCUGGAAGGGGGCAGCGCGGAAGCCAGAGAGCUGAUGGACGCGGGGAGCGUGCAGAAAGAAGACCGCCCUCGGACGAAGCGGGAGUCCUGCGGUGGAACGCAGCCUGACGACCGGCUGGGUUUUGUAGGCAGCUGCACCGCGGACACCUCCGCCGAACAGAGGGAAGAUGUGUCCAGAGGAUGCAGUGAAAGUGUUAAAAACGGACCAGCAAGGCCUGAUGUGUUAGAUGGCUCAUUGGAGGGCUGUCAGGAUCUCGCCAGACCUCAUGAGAAAUCAAAGAAAAGAGGGAGAGGCCAAAAGGUUGGUGUGUGAAAAUAUUAUUUUAAACUUUCCAAUGCUACUACAUCAUAGUGUUCUACUCUGGGUUAAUGUCACAUAAACUAGUCUGUCCAGCUUGUGCUUUAUUUAAACCAUUAAUUAUACAGAUGGAUGUUGGAAAACUCUGGCAGUAAAAAUGAGAGCGUUGGUUACAUUCAGGAAAGAGAGCUAAUGUUGUCGAAGAAGCUUUGCCACCACUUUGCCAAUGCAUUUCUUGCUUGUGAAAAUGCCAACAGCUUCUCUCAGGCUGAGGGUGUGGGGUGUGCCAACAAUUGAUGUUUUAUGAUGUGAAUCAACAUUCACGAGGCAGGAGGGGAAGAAUCCAAAACAGAAUUCAUUUGUGAGCUAAUCAGGGUUUGAUUGGAAGCCAUCGGAGUGAAAGGUUCUCGUUCUUUUGUGCUUCAGCUGUAGAACCCAGCUUCUGCUCUGUGUACAGCUUUCUCAUCACGCUGUUUGCUGGGAUGAAUGAUGUAAGGAGGGUUUAAAAUGUCUCGAUUCUUCAGCAUCUGCUCUUUUGGCUUAAAUUUAAAACUAGUCAGUCAUUAUCUUAUGCCUCAUGUUUAGUGAAACCUGAUUUCCACACGAUAGGAAAACUGUCCUGAUAAACAAGUAACGAAUUGAAAAGAAGCAGCGAUAGCCCAUAGCGUGCACAGAGGCAUCCCAAUAUUGAGGCCAAACACGAGGGACGAAUUCGACCCAAGGAAUAGAAACAGUGAUGUUUUCCUUAUAUUGGUAAUGGUUAAAGAAGUUUCAAACUACACAGGUUCCAUGAAAGUCUGGUAUAAGUGGUAGAAACUUUGUUUUCUUUACUGAUGCUUUCUGGUUUGUCUCAGAAAAAAAAAAAAAAAAAAAAAAAAAAAAAAAAAAAUGGACUCCCCAAACAGAAAGGAACCACACGACAGGUAGAGAGAACAAUAGACUUGUAGGGAGAGAAGUUGUCGAGGUCGUCUCGCAUGCAUGUGAGUAGUGGAUGUGACACCACACCACACAUCUGGCUCCCUGAGCUCUGGCUGUAGCCACUGUCCCUGCACCUGUUACAACUUUUUGUACCUGCCCCAACGCGUUGCCUCCCGUGACUGUGCCUUCGUAGAGAGCUGGUGGCCCUGUGGCUGCAUUUAUGUUUGUUUCCCUGCGUCCUUGUCUCCUUCCUAAUUGUGGCAGGGCCAUUAACCUUUUCCUUUUGGGGAAAAGCAUCUUUUGACGUUUAUUCAACUGAUAUUUAUUGACGCAUGCACUAGUAUUUAUGCCCUGUUCCUUCGGAAGUGUUCCAUGGCAAUCUCUGUACGCCCCUACGUUAGACCACCACACUUUAUGAUACUGGUUACCGACAUUUUACUCUUCCAUGGAUAUCUUGUUAGAGAAAGAUAACCCAUCUUUACUUGGUACCUACUCAUCUCUCUCUCUCUUUUUUUUUUUUUUUUUUAAUGUUUUUUAUUUAUUUUUGAGACAGGGAGAGACAGAGCAUGAGCAGGGGAGGGGCAGAGAGAGACGGAGACACAGAAUCCGAAGCAGACUCCAGGCUCUGAGCCGUCAGCACAGAGCCUGACCCAGGGCUUGAACUCGCAAACUGCGAGAUCAUGACCUGAGUCGAAGUUGGACGCUCAACCGACUGAGCCACCCAGGCGCCCCCCUACUCAUCUCUUACUCGGUAUUAGGCCUGCAUUUAAAAAAA